AUGGGCGGCAUACGCCAGCUCUUCGAACAGAGGUCCCAGGAGAUUGCUCUAUCUAUCCCUUCGAGGAAAGCUGACAUGACAGGCCGAAAGGAUGUCUGCGACUACAUCGGCAUCGCCGAGGGUGCUCGCGUCAGGGCCCACUACUUCGUCCAGGGCCAGAAGAGCCACGGCUGGAGGGAAGCCCAGGCUGCAUGGAAGGUGCUCAAAGUUGGGGUUCACAUGCAUUUCGGCAAGGCCGACAUGGGCCCAGGCACCUUCGGGGUCCUUCUGCAGUUUGGCUUCGGCACGGACACCACACGGAAGUGGACCGCACGCCAGGCGUUUUGGCCGGAAGUCGUGCCGCCCGCCUGGAUUCUUAGUGGAGUCGAGGCAGACCGCCCGAAGUUCUUGAUUGACGUGUUCGUCUUUCCGAGUCGCCUUAGCCUAGAAGAAGAGAAGCUGUUUGAAGUUCUGGGGCAUUUGCCCACGCUCGCUCCUGCUUCCCGUGCAAGAGAGGAUGCGUCCGUGGCCAGUGCCCUGCGGGAGUCUGGCAUCUUGGACGAGCAGCAGGAGAUGCAGGCGAUCGCCGGGCUGGAGAGCUGCCAGCGCAAGGCGCUCUACACGGUUCGAGGGUAUUUCAUGAUGGCAGGAGGCGACGAGAUGCUGGGGACAGUCUUGGACUGGAUCCAGGAUCUUGCGCCGGUAGUCGUGCACCUGCACUUAGACCGCGUCGGGGCCUUCAUGGAGAUAGACGAGUACUAUCGGAACCAGUUCGAGACGAAGACCAGCUGCGGAGCCUUGGACCCUGAGAACCGCACGCGCCAGAACUGGGAAAGGGAGCUCUUCGGUGGUGCUUACGAUGAUGCCAAGCCCUUCGAUCGGUGCAAGUACGGGGCGCUGAGUGUCAUGAAUGACUACCGUGGAGUGGUUUCUGCCAGGCAGUAUGGCGACUCCUACUUAGUGCUGAAGGACGGCUUUAGGCUUCUCGCUCUGGCCACGAAGAAUUGGAUUCGACUCGUGUUGUCUCGUGUGCGCCAUUUUCAGCGGAGGACGUGCGCCUUCGCUGUACCUUCGCGAGCACAGACUCUGGAGGAAUUCAAGGGUUGCGCCCUGAGCCAUCCCGCCGAAGCAGCACCCACGGGUGAUGGCCGCUUGACCGAGGCGGUCUUUGCUUGUGAAUCAGCUCACUUUUUCUUGCUGUUGUGUUGA